AUGGAUUUUGUAGAUUUUGAUUCGUUUCUGAAUGAUGAAAUUACUGGCGAAGAUAAUUUACCCCAUCCACAGCCAGCAUUAUCGCUUCCUAUAACCUCAAAUAUUGAGACUAUUGGCAAAAGGAUUUCGAGUUUGAACACGAUAACUCGAAGCUUGUUGAAAUUUGAGGGUACUGACGAGGAAGAAGGCGAAAGUUCUUCAGAAAAUGCCUCUAAAGAAAAUGAAUUGGCUCAGAAGUACGCUCAAAUGUCAUUGAAUUUCUUGAAGAAGGAAGAGACUCAACAUGGUAGUGACGGGAAAAUUGCCAAUGGUGUAGAUGGAAAGUCUUACAAUGACUUUGAGCAUUCAAAAGCGACAUUGUCGACCAGAUUGUCGCGUGUGUUAAACGAUUCGUUGAGCGAAACGUUACUCCGUGAGAUAUUUUCCCAUUUGGAGGACAAGUAUUCCAGCUACGAUGAUUCCAUAGACGAGUUGAUAGAGCCCGGAGUUGUUGGAUCUAUGAGCCGAAAAAAGUUACGUGGCAAAGUGGAAAACGAAUUGAUCAAGAACCAGAGUUUGGUUCUUAAGGAAUAUCAGCCUGUAAUCAAGCAAUUGAAAGUUGUAGAAGACAGGUUGUCGAAGCUUAACGAUUUGAACAAAGUCACCAACGACAACAUAGAAAACAAGUUCAAGUAUUCGAGCGAGUUUAAUACUAAGGUGAAAGAGUUGAACAGUGAGAAAAGACUUAUAAACUUGAAGAAGAAUUUACUCAUCAACUUCAAGGCUAAGUUCACCUUGAAUGAGUAUGAAGAGUUUGUCUUGGAUUCUGGGGAUAUCAAUGACGAAUUCUUUACAGUGUUAAAGAAGGCUGAAGAGAUCAAUGCAAACUGUUCCAUUUUGUUGUCGAUUGAAAAUCCUCAGCUAGGAUUGAAAAUAAUGUCGAAGAGCAACCAUUUGAUCAACAGAUCUGUAGAGAGAAUCAUCAAUUUCACCAACAAAACGUUGAGCAAUUUGUACUCAUUGAACUCCAAGGCUCGUUUGCGCACUUUGCACCAAUGCAUGCGAUACUUGAAGAACAAACUCAACUACUUCUCCAAUGUCGUCAACACAUUUGUAGAUUCCAGAGCCAAAGUAUUGGUAGAUGACUUUUUGAGCCAGAUUCAGGGCAAUUUGGAUAGCAAUGGAAACGUUUCGACUUUUAAGAGAAGAUCUCUGUCGAUUUCAAGUGAAACUUCCUCGAGACCCAUUUAUGUUUCUGCUCAUGAUCCUAUUCGUUUCAUUGGUGAUCUUCUUGCCUACGUCCACUCGCUCGUCGUAAACGAGUCAGAUACCAUCAUCAGCAUUUUCACAUUCGAGACUUCCGAAAGCGAAGUAGAAAAAAAGGAGUUUGAAACUAUCAUCAAAGACAUUAUAGACAAAAUUCUCAAGUCGUUGGUGAAACCUGUGAAAUCAAAAGUUACCCAAAUCAUUUCAGCCGAAACCAAGUUGUCCACGAGUUACUCGAUCUUCAACUUGGUCGAAUUGUAUUCCAUGAUGUUUACAAAACAGUUACUGGAUACCAGUGAAGUAUCUAUAGCGUUGAAACUGUUAGUAAAAGCCUCACAAGAUAGAUUAGCCUCUAUUAUAAGCAACAGAUUGGCCAGCAUUAGAACGAGUAACCUGGCGCAGUUGGAGUUGAAUCUUGAUUUGCAGCCACCUGAAUGGAUCAUAGAAUUCUACUCGGAUCUUCUUCCAAUUUUAGACCAAACUACAACUGAUACGAUCUUCAACUUUACUGCAGAAGAAAACGAAGAGUUCAUGAAGUUGCUUGUGGAUGAACCUAUCGAAAUCUUUUUUGAGCACAUUGGUAGCAACAAAAUCUUUGAAUCCAAAAAAGAUCAAUUGAUUCUUAAGCAUAACUUCUUGGAUUUAAUUUUAUCCAAACUAUUACCCAUCACCAUUGUGAGCGAUAAAGUGAUCGAGAUCAACGAAAUGAUCAAUACUUUAACUCAAGAGUUGACCCAAUUACAACUUGAAGCAAUUUUGAAGGAAUGUGGUCUCUAUGAUUACUACAACAUUGUCAACAUGAUCUGUCCCUUCAGUGACGACUUCUUCGACACGUCUAUUUACGAGCCAAUCAAAGAAAACCAAUUGUACAAUAAGUCGGAAUUGCUUAAGAUUAAUGAAAUCAUCCAGAGUUAUAUUCCAAAUGCAUUACUUGACAUCCAGCUGUCGCUAUUGAAGCUAAACCCACCUAGUAUUGUCAAUGAAGUUACCACGAAUGCGUCGCUUGAAUUUGUAAAGUACUAUGGCAAGUUGAGCCAAAUAAACAGUGCAUUUUUACAAGAAACAUUUACCUGGUCCGACUUUGAAAUCGCAACCUUGUUAGGUGUAGAUGAAGACUACACUGAAUUCAUAAAAUUGGUAGCCAAUUCUGGUUAA